AUGCUGUCCAAGGUUAUCUCAGCUGUAUAUUUUCUCCUCUGCGUGACAUCUUUUGUUUUCACCUCAGCUCAGGAUCCAUAUUUGACAAAAGCUCUGCAGCUGAUGUCUGAGACGCCUCUUAUUGAUGGGCAUAAUGACCUGCCUUGGCAACUGCGAAAGUUAAACAACAACCAGCUCAACCAAGUGGAUCUGAACACAAUCAAUUCAACACACACCAGCAUCCCUAAAAUCAAAGAAGGACGGCUGGGAGCACAGUUCUGGUCAGCCUAUGUUCCCUGCACCACCCAGUAUAAAGAUGCCGUCAGACAAACAAUUGAGCAGAUAGACGUGGUCCACAGAAUGUGUCAAAAAUACCCAGAGACCUUUAUGUUUGCCACCAGUAGCCAAGACAUCAUGGAGGCAUUCAGGCUCAACAAGACAGCCAGCCUGAUCGGGGUUGAGGGGGGUCACUCCAUCGACAGCAGUCUGGGAACCCUUCGCAUGAUGUACCAGCUGGGAGUCCGCUACCUCACACUCACUCACUCCUGCAACACACCCUGGGCAGAUAACUGGCGUGUUGACACUGGUACAGAUCCAUCUGAACAUGAUGGCCUGUCUCCGUUUGGCAAGCAAGUCGUUUUGGAAAUGAACCGUCUGGGGAUGCUGGUGGACCUGGCUCAUGUGACUGAGAAAGUGAUGAACCAGGCGUUGGACAUCUCCAAAGCACCGGUCAUUUUCAGCCACUCCUCUGCCUACAGUGUGUGUCCGCACAAGAGGAACGUCCCCGAUGACAUCCUCAGGAGAGUGAAUCAAACCAGAGGAAUCGUCAUGGUGAACUUCUACAAUGACUAUGUGACCUGCAGUCCCUUCGCUAACCUGUCAAAUGUUGCUGAUCACUUUGACCAUAUAAAGACAGUAGGAGGGGCGGGCAUCCUCGGUUUUGGUGGAGAUUAUGACGGGGUAACAAGAGUACCAGUAGGUCUGGAGGACGUGUCCAAGGUGCCGCACCUGGUGGCUGAACUGUUGAGGAGAGGAUGGACUGAUGAGGAGGUGAAAGCUGCUCUGGGAGAAAACCUGCUCCGUGUACUCCGAGAGGUCGAAGAGGUCCGUGACAGUCUGAACGCCACAAGUCCGGAUGAUGUUCCCAUUCCAUAUGACGAGGUACAAAACUCCUGUAGGACGAAUUAUGGUUACCCAGACCCUCCGGAGAGCGGCGGAGCUGUCCAUGUGUUCAGCACAGCGGCCCUACUGCUCACACUCACUCUGCAGGGUCUCAUCACAUCAGCAUAAGGUGUAUAAGGUGGUUCUGAUACUAAUGGGUGAAU